AAUGAACAAUACGAACGUGAAAAUUCAUUUAUGAAAAUGGAAUGUUUGCCGAAAAAUUUCAAACAGUUAGCAAGUGAGGGAUUUUAUUACGGUAUUGAUUUUUCAAAUUCGAAUGGAUUUGGUCUUAUUUGCAGUGGUUGUCGUAUGUGGGCAGACACAUCGAUCAAUAAAUACCAAUUGAGGGAUUUACACAUACAAUCAUCGCCAAAUUGUGAUUUUGUUAAAAAAAGUUGUGAAGAAGAAGAAAAAGAAGAAGAAGAAGAAGAAGAAGAAGAUAAAGACAUAACCUAUUAGCAGUGUGUGCGAUAAGUAUUCCAGUUUUAAUUAGCAGUUAAGUGUGAAGAACAAUAAAGAGUGGGCUAAUCAGUUUUUGCGGUACAUUAGAAGAACAUUAUUUAGAAGUAUUCAGUUGAAAAAACUAACAGUGAAGUGUGAACAACAACAACAACAACAAAGACAAUAAAGUGUGAGCUAAUCAGUUUUAGGAGCACAUUAGUAGUAUUCAAAAGACUGAUAACAUUAGUUUGUAUGAGAAGAAAACUGACAACAAACAGAAAACUACUGUUGGAUUAGAAGAAUGUAUUUCAAGUGAGUUGAGUAAAUGGAAAAUAAACUUACAUUGGUUCCGCUGUUGUUUGGCGCUGCCAUAGCCGAGGAUUGAUCUGAUGACAUCGUUGGAGUUUCAAACUGAUACUAACAGAAGGACACAGUUUUUCGUCAUUAUAUAUUAUCAACUUGAUGAAUAUAGAUGGUAAGAAGUUGAAAGAAAGUAUAUCUGUUUUGUGCAUAUGUUGUAUGCGAAAUUUAGUGCAGAUGUGCGGAACACUGAUAAGGAAACGUUUGCAAAUUUCUUAAGGAACGGUCAAAAUGUGUGUGCGCACCUUGCAUGACUCUGUAACGGACCUAACAUCUGCUAGCCGAGUGAAAGAUAUUAAUUUAUUCAUUGUGCAGUGCACAUGCAUACUUAUAUAAUUAUUAUUGCAACCCCCACAUGUUCUGCGUGAUAACAAACUGACAGUUGAUGGUACCGAGCGGCGCAAAAUUAUAAAAGCAUCGAGCGACAUGAUAUUGCUUGCAUUCGAUUAUAGUGCGACGUUUCAUGCACAGUGCAAAUGGACAAGCAACAAUCCGAUAAAGCAGAGGCUGUGCCAACAAGCGAAGAAGCAGUCACACCAUCAAACAACACCCUGGUUGAGUCGAUAGCGCACGACAAGGAGGUGGAAAUGGCAAGCGAGGAAUGGUGCGUGGUUGACAGCAGCGAAUCAUCGCCACCGCCGAAACGUGUGCACUUUUCCACAGCGUGCGAUACGCCAAAACGUGGCGGACGGGGCCGCGGCAUUUAUUUUGCCGAACAACGACGCGUCAUCGCUCAGGGCAGAGGCCGGCAAAUUGAUGUGACCGGUGUGAGCGCGGACUCGUCCAGUCGCAAUUGUGGUCAGCAAGCGGAAGCAUCAUCAUCAUCGUCGUCACUGGUGCUGCUAGAUGUGACGAACUCGUCACAGCCGAGGAUCGUGAACGCUACUAAAAUCGACAACGAAGUUGAAAACGUUGAGCCGCAGCAAACAAGCUCUUCACAGCGGUAAGGCGGCAAAAACCUAUUAUUAUUAUUAUUACUAAUA